AUGGACCACAAGCCCCUGCUGCAGGACCGGCCGCCCACCUACAACCUGGAGGCCGGCCAGGGCGACUUCGCGUGCGGCCCGCAUGGCUACGGCGCCAUCCCCACCGCGCCCCCGCCGCCGCCCUACCCCUACCUCGUCACAGGGAUACCUACCAGCCAUCCCAGGGUCUACAACAUCCACAGUCGAAAUGUCACCCGGUACCCUGCCAAUUCCAUCGUUGUCGUUGGUGGCUGCCCAGUCUGCAGAACAUGCCCCUCAGUGCCAAGGACAAGGCAAGCCCUCCCUUCCUGUGUGAGGCAGGCACCCUCCGGUGAAGCGUCAUGA